AUGAUAGAGUUGUUAGACGAAAACGGCGUGCCGAUUUGGAUGCGAAACCGGUCCAAUCCCGUGGCGACUACAAACGUGGUGGAUCACAACCUCCGCAACAACACCUACAACCUAUACGACGUCACUUUCGAAAACCACAACAUCCACACCCUUGUCACCCACCACCCCUCCCAAGUCGAGAGGUGGCUCUCCAGAAACGCCGGCCGUCGCCAGGGCCUCAUGGUGGGCCUGGACGUUGAGUGGCGGCCCAACACCCGGCGCAACAUGCAGAACCCCGUAGCCACCCUCCAACUCUGCGUGGCGCAACAUGCAGAACCCCGCUCCCUGGCUUCCUUGCUCCAAAACCCUAAUGUUACCUUCUUCGGCGUUGGGAUACGCGAUGACGCCGAGAAACUUCUUCGAGACUAUGACCUCCACGUGGCGAACGUGUGUGACCUUCGUUCUCUGGCGGCGGAUAAGAUUUGGCGUUGCCCUCAUCUGAGGCAGGCUGGGCUGAAGACCUUGUGCGUCCAUGUUCUAGGCGUGGAUGUUGAGAAGCCGCAGAGGAUAUCCAGGAGUUUCUGGGAUAAUCGUUGGCUCACCGGUGAACAGGUUCAGUACGCUGCCAUUGAUGCCUUUCUCUCCUAUGAGAUUGGACGCCGGUUGAACGAACCCGUGAUUUGGUAG